AUGGCUCCGGACGGGCUCAGCACGAGGACUAGCGGCACUCUGGACGAAUUCGAUGGGAGUGAGAGAGCUGGCUCCGCAUCCCACAGCAUUCACAGGGCUGACAUCCCUUUUGGAAGUCCAGGCGAAGACAAUGCCUUUCAAGAUCCGCUGUCUAGCUGGAUGAAUCAUUCAGGAAAUCCGGAGCAUGUGUGGUUCGACGAUGACCUUGCUUCAGCACUCAUGGAGCCGAUCAUGAUGCCAGGCAUUCACAACCAAUCAAUGGAUACAACAAUGACAGCAAAUAAUAUUGGAAAACAAUACGACUUGAACGAAAACAUGCAACCGGAAAAUGAGCCACAAUCACCACCAAACGAAGCAUCCGAGGAAGAUCGAUGGCCAUACAGCUGGGAUCCAGGCUCUCGGGCUAUCACUGCAUGCAAGCCUAUUCAAAUGGAUAAAACACAUCCGUCAAGGCAAAACCACAACACGCAAUUCGAUAUCUCCACCGAGAGAUACAAGGCCCUGAAAUCAUUUCUCCAGCGACCAGCCCACAAAGGCUUUGACUUUCACUCUUUGCCUUUGCCGGAAUUAGGAAUAGCGAACGUGUUCAUUCGACUCUUCUUUACGCACUUUGAGUACCAGGCCGCUGUCAUCCAUCAUCCAUCUUUAAAGUCAUCGGAUGAAUUGCCAGAUCCACUGUUAGCGAUCAUGAUUGCCAUAGGAGCGACAUAUAGCCGGGAACGGCAUUCCUGUCGCUUUUCAAUAGUCUUGAUCGACGUGGCGAGACUGAGCACGCAAUUAGCGAUUGAAUUAGACAACAGAAUGAUGCGAGAUCCGAUGGUUUUAUAUGCACUGGCGCUUAUUUGCUAUUCCGCCUCGUUUGCUCUGGCAGAGUUUAUGAGUAUCGAAUGCCCGUGUGAUGAAGAGUUUUGGCAAGCCACGACUGCUCAACGCUGGAAAAAUCUACUUGGAUCAGCCUCAAUACCCCCCACGAGAACUUUCGCUUCAGCCGUCAGCCCGUUCCUUGGGCCCCUUAACUUGGGGCGUGCUUCUGGGACCAAUGUUCAUACGACUCCAUCAUCAACCUCAUAUUCAAACUCUAUCGGACUCAACUCCUGGACCCGUUACCUUGUACUGGCCACAAUUCAAGUUCAGGUAUUCGAGCUUUCCCAGCAGAUCACCAUGGUCUCUGAUGCAACCCUAGACAUCGAAAUCUGGCAACCAGCAGAUGAGAGUUUGGCCAAAGCACACUCCUCAGACAAUUCUCGCCACGAAGUCAUGAUGAGUCCUAGAGUCAGAGAUCACUAUGCCGAAUUGGUCACAAGAUGCUCGGCUUCAAGUCCUUCGGGUCCCGUACGAGAGGUACUGGGCUCUCUCGCCAUACGCAGGGCCCAUCUAGAAAGUAUGUUGUUGGCAUGGGAGCAGGCUUAUGCCCUGUCGCCAGCAGCCGACGUUUCAGUUUAUCAGACAUCGAAACACUUUCAAACGAUUGCUGCAACCCACCUUCAGAUCAGUCGCUUGAUGCUUCAUGUUCCCAUCCUGGAUAUACAAGAUGCGUUAGGGAAGUCGGGGCCGGGUAAGGUGAUCCCAGCUAUGGCCCUCAUGCGUCGCUCCCUCGCAGAACAUCCAGAUAUAGUUGCAUCAAUACUCAAGCAAUGUCUUUCAACAGUGAGCGACUUGCAGUCCAAGCUAGUCAACCACAACGACAGCUCCACGAGGAGUAUUAUGGAACCUUCAAGUAUCAUCAGCUGUUUUCUUCACGGUGUCUAUGUAUGGGCUGUGAUUCGUUCAUCUGACCAUGACCAAGUCAUGUAUCUGCAUGAGCAGAUUGAGAGUGUGAAAACCUCGGACACGUUUUCUGCGACUAUGAAAGAAGCCAUAUUAUGGCAAACCAAUUUGGAAUUGCCUCCGGAUCAUCUUGGAGCCAGGGCAAACCUCAUCUUACAUUCCGUGGCAGAAGUGCUUGGAAGAAUGGCUCCAUGGAGUGCUUCGCUCAACAUGGCGCUACUCUUGUGUCAUCGUGCCAAGGAGCUUAUGAUUUAUUGA